CUCACAGCGCAGACUGACGCGCUUAAUUGACUGUGUGAAGAGAUGCGCGCAUUGGACGGUGAGAUUGUUCGCGAGGAAGCUGAGUUGGACGAUUUCAAGAGAAAAUGUGCGAAGAGCUGGAUACAGGCCAAGUUCGGAGGUCUUGCAGAGUGUUGUGAGAAGGGUGUGAUUGUUGGCGACAUAGGCAAAACUAUCAUUGCAAAAUUCCCGAAGACGUGACACAACCAGGACUUCCUCGAACGUAUUAUAGCGCUCACCAAUGUGUCGGUGCCCUUGUAUCUGAGGCAC